UUAUUGUCUUUUAAACCAAUAAUUGAAGCAAUCUCCAGUGGUUCAGACUUCAGAGGUGCUCUAGGCUUCAAGGGGCGGCUGGGUGAGGGCAGUGCUCAUAACUAAAUGCCCAAAGGAUAUAUCCAGCAAAGGACAGAAUGAAAGUGGUCUCUGUACACCUUGCUGCUGCUGUUGCUGUUCUACUUCUGUUGGCGGCGAAGCGCACCCCCGCUAUUGCGGUUCCUAGCCCUCAGUGCCAACGGCAAUGUGGCGGCGUUGACAUUGCGUUUCCGUUCGGCAUCGGUGACAACUGCUCGCUAUCACGAGGAUUCAACCUCAGCUGCCAGGAGGUCCAAAAUGGCGUCUACAGGCCAUUCCUAGGUAAUAUUGAGGUGCUCAACAUCUCCUUGAUAAAUGGCACGGUCCGGGGGCUGAACCCCGUCUCGACAUACUGCUACGACUCCUCCUCUGGUUCCAUGGAGCCCAGUACCUGGUCAUUCGACGUGAGCAGAACCCCGUACCGGUUUUCGGACGUCCAGAACAAGUUCACCGUCAUAGGGUGCCAGACCCUCGUCUACAUCAAGGACAACACCGACAAGAGCUACCAGAGUGGGUGCGUCUCGACGUGCCAGAGCCUGUCGGACGUGGUGGACGGCGGCUCCUGCUCCGGCAGGGGCUGUUGCCAGACGGCCAUACCCAAGGGGAUGGACUACUACAACGUGAGCUUCGACGCAAGCUUCAACACGAGCCGGAUUUGGAGCUUCAGCCGCUGCAGCUACGCCGUGCUGAUGGAGGCGGCGGCGUUCCGUUUCAGCACCGCGUACAUCAAGACGACCCGAUUCAACGACACGAGCGCUGGGCAGGUGCCCGUGGUGAUGGACUGGGCGAUCAGGGAGAGGGAGGCGGCGUCGUGUGUGGUCGCCAAACAGAACGGGACGGGCUCUUACGCAUGCGUCAGUAGCAACAGCGAGUGCGUGGAUUCACAAAAUGGGCCAGGGUACCUGUGCAACUGCACCCAGGGGUACGAAGGCAACCCAUACCUUCCAGGCGGAUGCCAUGAUGUUGAUGAAUGUAAAUACAGCCCAUGUCCUACGGGUGCCGUCUGCCACAACACGGUAGGAGGAUACAGAUGCUCAUGCCGAGCAGGACUCAAGUUUUCUGAACAAAGCAAUAGUUGUGGCCCUAAUAUCAACCUAAUAAUUGGUCUUGCACUAAGUAGUGCCGGUGCCAUUCUGAUUGUCGCUGCAGCUGUUGCUAUCUUUACACGGAGGUGGCAGAGAAUCGUUCAGAAAAGGCUUAGAAAGAGGCACUUUCACAAGAACAAGGGUAUUCUCCUAGAGCAACUGUUCUCGUCAUCAGCAGAUAACAACGCUAGUGACGGUACGAAGAUAUUCUCUCUGGACGACCUACAGAAGGCCACCAACAACUUCGACCGCACACGUGUGGUCGGCAACGGCGGCCAUGGCACGGUCUACAAGGGCAUACUGGCUGAUCAGCGCGUGGUGGCAAUUAAGAAAUCGAAACUCGUAGAGAGCACCGAAAUCGAGCAGUUCAUCAACGAGGUGGCCAUACUCUCACAGAUCAACCAUCGCAACGUGGUGAAGCUCCAUGGGUGCUGCCUCGAGUCCGAGGUCCCUCUGCUCGUCUACGAGUUCAUCUCCAAUGGCACGCUGUACGAUCUCUUGCACCACCGCGACCGCGAGCAAGACGGACGACGACGAACCUUGCUGCAGCAGCUGCCCUGGGAGGCACGCCUGAGGAUUGCAGCUGAGGUCGCCGGCGCGCUUACGUAUCUCCACUCAGCAGCAUCCGUGUCCAUUCUUCAUAGAGACGUCAAGUCCAUGAACGUGCUUUUGAAUGACAGCUACACGGCCAAAGUCUCCGAUUUUGGCGCGUCCAGGUCUAUACCGAUUGACCAGACACAUCUGGUCACUGCUGUGCAGGGCACAUUUGGGUAUCUAGAUCCAGAGUACUUCCACACAGGCCAACUCAACGAGAAGAGCGACGUCUACAGUUUCGGUGUCAUUCUUCUCGAGUUAUUGACAAGGAAGAAACCGAUCGUCGAUGGUGACAGCGGUUACAAGGUAAACUUGUCCAGUUAUUUCUUAUGGGAAAUGGAGAGGAGGCCGCUUGAAGAGAUAGUCGACGUCGGAAUUAUAGGGGAAGCAAGUACGGAAGCGAUUCUAGGCAUGGCUCAACUGGCAGAGGAGUGCCUCAGCCUAACAAGGGAGGACAGGCCUACCAUGAAGGAUGUGGAGAUGAGGCUACAAAUGUUAAGGUGUCAGCAAGAUGUUGCUCCAAGGGCACAUCCAGCAAAGAGAACAAAUAUGAUUAGUCAUGCUAUUCCGAUGCCUGCUAGCCAGCACGGCUCACGCCAAUACAGCCAAGAGCAGGAGUUUGUCUUGUCCUCGCGUGUACCACGAUAGAUUGUUGGCAGAAAAUAUGUGUUUUUAUUGGCUAGAAUAUAAAACAUAAAAAUAUGUGUUUUUAUUGGCUAGGUGGAUAUGAAUGAGAGUUUAUAACCAACAACCAUGGUUCAAAAUGUUUGGAUGUUAACUAUGUCUAUGUCGUUGUCUGUGGAUAUGUUUGACCCGGUUUUGCAAACAGUGAAGCUUCAAGGCUUCCUAAUAAGACCCAGUCUCUGCUCUUUGCAGUGCCUUGCCUCGU